UCUGUGAAUAAAACGCGGGGGCGUUAUCCGCAGACCACGUCAAUGUUACUGCUAUAUAGCGGUAUACUCCAGCACUUACUCGGUCCAUUCUCUUUCUACACGCGAGUUCAAGAUGAUCUAAUAAUCACCUUGACAUUUGGCAUCAAGUGCACUUCUUGUUUUUUUCAUUUCCCCUGUAGAUAGGUAUACUUAAAUUAUACCAAACAUAUAAUUUAGUGCGCAUGAGCCUGACGCCUAGGCAUGGAUUCAAUGAUACAUUAAAACAAAACCAUUUGGAUCGAGACCGCUUCGAUAUAGUUUUGAUUUGGCAGCUGACAAUCAAUGAAGACCUAAAUUAAUUUUCACGAGAAGAUGAAGAUCGUUCUGCAGCUCAUUUUUUCAUUUGUCAWUUUAUGGCCAACAACGCUUUCUCAAAAUUACUACGUUCCAAUUCAAGAAAAUGAGGUGGCUUACGAAUUUCAUUACAAUAUCAAUGACUUGCUAUCAGGAGUUAUAACACAUCGUUGGGAAUCAAAGUACGGUGAUUACGUAAGAGGAUCGUAUAGUUUUCUAGAGUCUAAUGGUAUGAUUAGAAAUGUGAACUAUGAAGUCGAUGGAAAACGUGGUUACAGGGCAAUAACGAAAUUUUUGAAACCACAACAAAGUAUGGCACUUCCGGGAUUUCCCAGGAGCGAUCCCGAGAAGAAAUAUUCCCGUUCCCGGGAAUUCUUGAUAACGCCAGGAAUGGGAAUUCCCGGAAAUCAAAAAAAUUGCCGAAAUGUCGAAGCAAUAAAUAUAUAAUAUUUAUUUUGUAUAAUAUUAUCAACAUGAUAAAAUAACAUCAUUAAUUAUUAUUAUUAUUAGUACGUUAUGACCACUCACCACUAAUAUUACAACAACUACACCUCACCAACCAA